CCAUACAACGUCUAUAUAUAAUUGAGGAAAGGAAAAAGUAAGGGAGAUGGAGAUACAAGAAGAAUCGGAGAGAAUUGACUAUUCUCUAAUAGAAGAGUUUGGAUUUGAUACAUUAAAGAAAAAGAAAAAAAACAAGAAAGUUUCGUUUAAUAGUGACAAUGAGUCGCUGAAUGAAGGUAAAAAUGGAUCAGGAGAUGAAUGUAAGAUGGGGUCAGAUGGAGAUGCAGAGGUAGAAGAGAUGACGAAUAUGUUUGCUAGUUUGAAGAAAAAGAAGCAGCAAACAGUUAAUUUUGGAGGGGAAGAUGAGGAUGAUUUGAAGGAACUUGAAGAGAUUGAUGGAAAGGAUUUUUUAAAUGAGGUUUUUGAUUUAAGUGAUGGAAUGAAAAAGAAGAAAAAAGUGAAUAUGGAAGUGUUUGAUAAGUCAUUGAAUGAAGGGAAUGGUAAGGAGGAUAUGGAAGCAAUUACUGGAUCAUUUAAUUCGGGGGAUCAAGAAGGUCAAGGAUGUCUUAAAACAGAUCGAGAUUUUACGUAUGCAGAACUUCUUGCUCAGAUAUUUAAAAUUUUACGUCAAAAUAAUCCAGAAUUAGCGGGGGAGAAAAAACGGUAUACAAUUGUUCCUCCUACAAUUUAUCGAGAAGGAAACAAGAAAACGAUUUUUGCUAAUGUUAUUGAUAUUUCUAAAAGGAUGCGUCGAAAUUCAGAACAUGUUAUUCAGUUUUUAUUUGCUGAAUUAGGAACGAGUGGAAGUGUAGAUGGUAGUGCUAGAUUAGUUAUUAAGGGAAAAUUUCAGCAAAAACAAAUUGAAAAUGUUCUUAAAAGAUAUAUUGUUGAAUAUGUUACAUGUAAAAUUUGCAAAUCUCCAGAUACCUUAUUAACUAAAGAAAAUCGUAUAUAUUUUAUGACAUGUGAAUCAUGCGGAAGUAAAAGAUCAGUUAGUGCAAUAAAGACUGGUUUUAGAGCUCAAACGGAAAAACGGAAACGUUAAUUAUAUAUGGAGAUAAAAGUGUGGAAUUGAAAUUUAACAUGUAAA